ACCGGACGCCGACUAGUGCAGUUGCCGAUAGGAUCCACUUGCUCUCACGUAGCAGCAGCAAACGUUUCUAGUGCUAUACUCCAGCUCUUUUUAUUUUCGCUGUGAAUUAACUGCGGUUUCAUUACACACUCCUUUAGUGUUCCAGAAAUAUUCUAAAACAAGACUUUCAAAAUGUGCGACGAAGGGAUUGCUGCGGUCGUUUUUGACAAUGGAUCCGGUAUGUGCAAGGCCGGCUUCGCUGGGGACGAUGCCCCGCGUGCCGUGUUCCCGUCCAUCGUGGGACGCCCGCGUCACCAGGGCGUGAUGGUUGGCAUGGGUCUGAAGGACUCGUACAUCGGCGAUGAGGCCCAGAGCAAGCGUGGCAUUCUGACACUCAAGUACCCGAUCGAGCACGGUAUUGUCACAAACUGGGACGACAUGGAGAAAAUCUGGCAUCACACCUUCUACAACGAGUUGCGCGUGGCCCCAGAGGAACAUCCCGUCCUGCUGACCGAGGCUCCGCUGAACCCGAAGGCGAACCGCGAGAAGAUGACGCAAAUCAUGUUCGAAACGUUCAACACGCCCGCCAUGUACGUGGCCAUCCAGGCGGUGCUCUCCCUGUACGCAUCCGGUCGUACCACCGGUAUCGUGCUCGACUCCGGCGAUGGCGUUUCCCACACAGUGCCGAUCUACGAAGGUUACGCCCUGCCACACGCAAUCCUGCGACUCGAUCUGGCCGGUCGCGAUCUCACCGACUAUCUGAUGAAGAUCCUGACCGAGCGUGGCUACUCGUUCACCACCACGGCUGAGCGUGAAAUCGUGCGCGACAUCAAGGAGAAGCUGUGCUACGUCGCCCUCGACUUCGAGCUGGAGAUGGCCACCGCGGCGUCGUCCAGCUCGUUGGAGAAAAGCUACGAGCUGCCUGACGGGCAGGUGGUCACGAUCGGCAACGAGCGGUUCCGUUGCCCGGAGGCCCUGUUUCAGCCAUCGUUCCUGGGCUUGGAAGCGUGCGGUAUCCACGAGACCACGUACAACUCCAUCAUGAAGUGCGACGUCGACAUCCGUAAGGAUCUGUACGCCAACACCGUACUGUCCGGCGGUUCCACCAUGUACUCGGGCAUUGCCGACCGUAUGCAGAAGGAGAUCACCGCCCUCGCCCCAUCAACCAUGAAGAUCAAGAUCAUUGCUCCGCCGGAGCGCAAGUACUCCGUCUGGAUCGGUGGUUCGAUUCUCGCUUCGCUGUCCACCUUCCAGCAGAUGUGGAUCUCGAAAGAGGAGUACGACGAGUCCGGCUCGUCGAUUGUUCACCGAAAGUGCUUCUAAGAAGUCACACACUGCACCGCGAAACAGCAUCCUCCCCACACACUACCACCACCUCUUCCACCCACGCCCCCCAUCUUAUUUUCGGCGUCGUCGUCGGUUGCGUACCGGACUCGGUCGCAGCGCGCUUAG